UAGGCGUAGGCGCCAUUUUGUGAAGGAGCCCGGGAGGUGUGAGGUGAUCGCGUGAGUCAGGUGCGGGGUCUCUGGAAGGUUUAGAUCGUUUCGUUUCCCGGUUGUGAGGCUAUCGCCGCCAUUACAGAUCCCGUUCGUAAUUCGGAACUGGAGCAUUUUGCAGCCAUGGAAAUGGAAUAUAUUCGUGUGGCGGAGGAUGAGAAUGAAGAGCCAAUGGAAAUUCCAUCCGAGGAUGAUGGCACCGUCCUGCUCUCCACUGUUACUGCUCAGUUCCCUGGUGCUUGUGGCCUUCGAUACCGGAAUCCAGUUAACCAGUGUAUGCGUGGCGUCCGCCUGGUUGAAGGCAUUCUCCAUGCUCCAGAAACUGGAUGGGGAAAUCUUGUUUAUGUUGUAAACUACCCAAAAGAUAACAAAAGGAAGAUGGAUGAAACUGAUGCUUCUUCUGCUGUUAAAAUAAAGCGAGCUGUAACAAAAACCUCUGAUCUCAUUGUGCUUGGCUUACCAUGGAAGACAACGGAGCAGGAUCUGAAGGACUACUUCAGCACGUUUGGCGAAGUCAUCAUGGUCCAGGUUAAAAAAGAUGCCAAGACCGGCCAUUCUAAAGGUUUUGGUUUUGUGAGGUUUACAGACUAUGAAACACAAGUGAAAGUGAUGUCCCAGCGCCACAUGAUAGAUGGAAGAUGGUGUGACUGUAAACUGCCCAACUCUAAGGGUGCCUGGGGUGAAGAUGGAGGCUACGAACCUGUGGGAAGAUGGAUGCACAUGUCGAGCGGUAGCACGCAAAGCCCGGAUGAACCAAUGCGCAGCCGUAAAGUCUUUGUUGGUCGAUGCACCGAGGAUAUGACCGCUGAGGAGCUUCGCCAGUUCUUCGUCCAAUAUGGAGAAGUUGUGGAUGUGUUUAUCCCAAAGCCGUUUAGAGCAUUUGCCUUCGUAACCUUUGCUGAUGACCAGGUUGCACAGUCGUUGUGUGGAGAAGAUCUCAUUAUCAAAGGAGUCAGUGUUCAUGUAUCUACAGCAGAGCCUAAACACAAUAAUAACAAUAGGAGCCCAUUGGAGAGGAGUGGCAGAUUCCCAGGACCCAAUUUUGGGAAUCAAGGGUACCCUAAUAACAGGCCAAACAGUGCUGGACUUGGUAACAACCAGCCUAAUAACAUGGGGGGUGGUGGUGGUAUGAAUUUUGGGGCUUUUAGCAUUAACCCUGCAAUGAUGGCUGCUGCUCAGGCUGCUUUACAGAGCAGUUGGGGUAUGAUGGGCAUGCUCGCUAGUCAGCAGAACCAACCAGGUCCACAGGGAAACAAUCAGGGCCAAGGGAAUCAGCCAAGAGACCAGCCACAGAGCUUCGGCUCAGCCAGUAACUCCUAUGGCUCUAACUCUGGAGCUAUAGGCUGGGGUUCUCCUAAUGCUGGCUCUGGUACUGGGUUCAAUGGAGGCUUCAGCUCGAGCAUGGAAUCAAAGUCCUCUGGUUGGGGUAUGUAGUUAUAUGGUUUAAUAGUGGGUGCAUUUCCUAAUUUUAUGGUAAGUACUAUGUAAAAUGAAUCUACAGACCUUUUCUCCGUAGAGGGUUUUCUUCAAGCAUGCAGAUGGUUCAGCUGUAUAUCCUCUAUGAAGGAAUUCUGGGUGGUGUGAUUCCAUGGUUUAGUAGUUUUAUGAACCUUAACUGCAUUCUGAAGAAAACCGCCUGCCAUUUGGCAUUGCCCGGUGACUAACUUAAUAUCAUGAAAUAUAUAUAUUUUUUUCUCUUUGAUGUCAAUGAGAAUUACAUCUUGUUUAGCACAGUCUUCCUCCUUCCCCUCCAUUGUGCUCCCCGCUUCAACAACUGAUCUCUGCUCCGCACAUUUGCCUCUCUGGGACCUGGCACUCAGUUCUUUUAUAUCCUGCCCUGGAAUCAUUCCUUCAUAAUUCUCAUCAGGAAAUCUUCUGCUGCACACGGCGAUUCUUAAGACGGUGGGUGAUCCAAUUUUUGUCCACUAUAUUUCGUGGAAGUCGUACAAGCGCUUUGAGAACGCACGGCUUGUGAGAUGGAUCCAGAAGGCUGUUUGAACUGUGGGAUUGUUGGUACCGAAGCAUGAGAGGCUUGGGGUAUGAGCGAGAUCCAGAGAGCGCGUGCAGAGACCUGGUGGUGCAUUAUGGGAUUUUUAGUUUUUUUUUUCUAAACGUUGGAUAUGUGUCUCUCGAUCCAGUGGCCAUAGUGAGCGUGUGCAGAGCGCAGUGGGAGCAAGUAACGUACGAAUGUUUCUUGCAUUCAAAGGACUUGUUCAUUUGGAAGACUGGAGCUUUUUUCCCCCCUGCCUAAAAGCUAGAACUGUCUGAAAUAAGUUUGUGUAUACAAUGUUUCCCCCUCUCCUUGAAAUGUCUACCGCUGUGAAUGCUGUAUGAGGUGUGCUUUCUUUUCUGUUUAAUGACAAUGUGAGUCCUUGUGAACUGCAUAUGAUGAUGCUGGUGGGGGUGGGUGGUGAACGCUCUGGAGUGGAAUGGAAAAUGCUCCUGUUCCUAGAGUGUUGGGACUGUUUUGGUUUGUAAGUAAUAACAAGAAUGCUGUUUGCAGUCAUGUGUUCUGUGUUUGGAUGCUUUUUACAAGACUUGUCAAUGUAGGAUUCUUAAAUAAAAUAGUUUAACUAAUGUG